CGGUCGAGCCCCGAGGCCGUGUCCCCGGCUCCAGAGGCUCCGCCCGCCCGUGCCGAGGCUCUGCCCGCCGGGCCAGGCUGGGCUGGGCUGGGCUUGUGCCGGGCCGGGCCGGGCGAGCGCCCAAUCAGCGCGGCGCGGGGGCUCGGGGCGCUUUAAGCGCGGCGGCGGCUGCCGAGCGGGGACAAAGUCCCCCCGGUGCCACCACCGGCAUCCCCGCUCGCCCGCGGCCACCGCCGAGCAUCCCCGCUCCGACACCGCCCCCACCACCGGGGCUGGGACCGGCACAGCCCCCGCCACCGGGAUAGGGACCGGCACAGCCCCCGCCACCGGGAUUUGGACUGAGACAGCCCCUACGACAGCGACUUGGACCGGGACAGCCCUCACGAUCGCGACUCGAACGGCGACAGCCCCCACCGCCGAGAUUUGGACCGGGACCGCCUCCACGACCGGGAUUUGGACCGGAACCGCCACUAGGACCGCGAUUUGGACUAAGACCGGGAGCGGGAGCGGGAUUUGGACCGGGACCGGCGGGGGCUCCGUUCCCCCCCCCUCCUCCUCGCCCUCCUGCCCCCCUCCUGCCCGGCCAUGUCGAUGCUGCCGUCGUUUGGCUUCACGCAGGAGCAGGUCGCCUGCGUCUGCGAGGUCCUGCAGCAAGGGGGGAACCUGGAGAGGUUGGGACGGUUCCUGUGGUCCCUGCCGGCUUGCGACCACCUGCACAAGAACGAGAGCGUCCUGAAGGCCAAGGCGGUGGUGGCUUUCCACCGCGGCAACUUCCGAGAGCUCUACAAGAUCCUGGAGAGCCACCAGUUCUCUCCUCACAACCACCCGAAGCUGCAGCAGCUCUGGCUCAAGGCUCACUACGUGGAAGCCGAGAAGCUGCGGGGCAGACCUUUGGGCGCCGUGGGCAAAUACCGCGUGCGGCGAAAAUUCCCUUUGCCCCGCACCAUCUGGGACGGCGAGGAAACCAGUUACUGCUUCAAGGAGAAAUCCCGGGGCGUGCUGCGGGACUGGUACGCCCACAACCCUUACCCGUCCCCCCGGGAGAAGCGGGAGCUGGCCGAAGCCACCGGGCUCACCACCACCCAGGUCAGCAACUGGUUCAAGAACCGGAGGCAGCGGGACCGAGCGGCGGAGGCGAAGGAAAGGGAGAACACAGAAAACAACAACGCGGCCACCAACAAACCGAACCAACUCUCGCCUCUGGAUGGGAGCAAACCUCUCAUGUCCAGCUCCGAGGAAGAGUUUUCCCCUCCCCAAAGCCCGGAUCAGAACUCGGUCCUGCUCUUGCAGGGGAACCUCAGCCACGCCAGGAGCUCCGGCUACUCCCUGAGCGGCUUAGCAGCAUCCCAGACCCCUCACAGCCUCCAAGGCCACCAGCUCCAGGACUCGCUGCUGGGACCCCUCACGUCCAGCCUGGUGGAUCUGGGAUCCUAAAGGCCCUCGGCAGGCGGCUGGAGGAACGGGAGAGGAGGUUUCGCUCGGAGACAGGCUCUGGGUUGUACAUAGAGGACAGCACCCGGUUUUACAGCUCACCCCGCUGAUUCUUGACGGGACUCUCGGCUCUUUUCACACAACCCCACAUCGGCUCCUGGUCCAGCUCCCCCCCCUUUCCAUCCCACUCCCCAGCAUCUCCCAUUAUCACCAUGAUUUUAAUUUUUUUUUUAUUUUCCAAGUAGCCAAACGCAGAGAGCAGCAGAAACCCUCAGCUCCUCGAGUUCAAAUGAGCUGAUCCCAGCGGGAACUACAAAAGAAAAAAAAAUGGAAAAAGAAAAAGUAAAAAAAAAAAAACCCAACCCAAUCCCAGCUGGAUCCGAUUCCACCCAAAUAAAUCCCAGCCCCGCAGGCGCCGUGGGGCAGGGGCGGCCGGAGCAUCCCUGCUGCUGCCCCCACGGAGCAGGGACGGGGCAGAGGGAGCGACCGGCUGUACCGAGCCCUGGGCUGGAGCGGGAGGAGGGAGGGGAAGUUAUCGUUUACAUUUUUUCAUAUUUAGCCUUACCAGAAAGAUUUCGAUGUAGUUUAAAUUAAAAAAAAAAAAAAAAAAAAAAAAAAAAAAAGGAAAAAGCUGCAGUAUUAGAGUUUUAACAAGUGCCUAUGUCUUAUAGCGGCUGGGCGAGGCGGUGAAGGAUGGGCUCGCACCCCCUGGCUUCCUUCUUGGAAGUGAAAUGUAUGGGUGUGGCUAAAAAUUAGGAUGAUAAUAAUGAUAAUUAUAAGAGUCGACGGCCGUUUCCCCCUCAACGAAUUUUCCUCAGGCUGCCCCUCAGCUCCACGUCCCCUCCUCCCCUCUGUCCCAGCUCACCACCCUUCUCCUUCGCCUUGCAGGGAGCCCGCGGACAACGCUGUCUGUCUCGAGGAUUUGUUACCCCAAACCGCAUGUGCUUUCAGGUUUAUUUUCUAUUGUACCUAAACCAGUCUAAAUUAAACCACGCUGA